GCAAAGUCUCGAAAGCACGUCAGCCUUGUCGAAACGGCACUUGAAGAGUGAAGAAACAUUUCUCUUAGAAGAUACAGUUUAAUCUGUGACCAUGUCUGAUCGCUUUGAUUGUUUCUACUGCCGCGAUGAUUUGAGCGGUAAGAAGUAUCUUAAGAAGGACCAGAAACCUGUUUGCGUUCGUUGCUUCGACAAGUUCUGUGCCAACACCUGCGCAGAAUGUCGACGUACCAUUGGCACUGAAUCUAAGGAGUUGCACUACAAAGGCCGUUAUUGGCACGAUUAUUGCUUUCGAUGCUCUAAGUGCUAUAAGUCCCUGGCUGGAGAGGCCUUCAGUGCCAAGGAUGAUAAGGUCCUCUGUGGGUACUGCAGCUCCAGGGAAGAUGCCCCACGCUGCCAUGCCUGUUACAAGCAAAUCCUGUCAGGCUCAGAGAGUGUGGAAUACAAGGGCAAUUCAUUUCAUGAGGAAUGCUUCACCUGCUACGAGUGUAAGCGGCCUAUUCGAUCAAGCACCUUCCUGACAAAGGAUGGCAAUGUCUACUGCAACCCCUGUCACGAGAGGAAGUUUGCCAAGCAAUGCGCUGGCUGUAAGCAGAUCAUCACGAGCGGGUUAGUGAGUUACCAGAAUAAGCCCUGGCACGCCGAAUGCUUCGUGUGUUUUUUCUGUCGCAAACGCCUGGCAGGCGUUCGCUUCACGAGUCAUGAGGAGAGGGUCUACUGCGUGGACUGCUACGAGAAGAAUGUCGCUGAAAAGUGCAGCAAAUGCCAGAAACCCAUCACUGGAUUUGGCUCAGCUACUAAUGUUGUGAACUAUGCAGGAAAUUCCUGGCAUGAAUACUGCUUCAAUUGUGAGCGGUGUUCCAAGAACCUGACAGAUAAGCGCUUUGUUGCAGACAAGGGUGACAUAUACUGCCCAGACUGUGCCAAGAAGCUGUAAAAACUCCUUCAGGUCAAGAGACAGAUCUGCGUUCCAAUGGGAGAAGCUUCAAAAUGGGUCCAAAUAAUGUCAAAUCCAGCAUUCCAAAGAUUCAGCCAAUAGCCAUUUAACUUAGGGUACACAAAGCCUCUGUAAUGCUGCCUUCAUUUUCUUGUCUGCGCCAACUUCUAUGGCAAAAAAGUUCUGACUUUGACUAAAUGCCAAAUAUAAAACAUUGAAUAGAUAAAUCAGUUCUCACUUGAGGAAUAUUAAGCGCUCGGUGACAUAUUGUGUUUUAAAGCCACUGAAUACGUCAUUUUCCUUGAGAGUCGAUUUAUCUAGUCAAUGUUAUAUAUUUAGCAUUUAGCGCUGGUAUGUCUGUUUUUCGUAUUGGUGUACUGCACUGAAUGUUUACGGCUCAUCAUUCGUGCCCUAUUAAAGCUUAAAAAAAUGUUUUCUGUUUAAAGAUAUCCUUCAUGUAGAUUUAUAGACCCUGUGGAAUAGAAAACGAACUGUGUUUUCCUGCUGUGAGUUGCUAUCUGCUUUUCACUUUGAUGAAAAAUUAUAUUUCCUUUUUUUCAUUCCAUCUUUGUACUUAUACAUAUUUGAUGUGCCUUAAGAUAUUUAAACUGCAAUAGCAAAAUUAGAGUUAAUGAAACAGUUUAGACUUGCUAUCGUGUUUUUGGGCAUUCUAAUUGAAAAUAUUUUGAUGACAUGGCCGAAUAACGGUUUAUAAGUUGCAUAGUUUUUUGUUCUUGAAUAUUAAACUCAUAUUUUAAUCUUAACACUUUGUUGAAUUUUGAUAGGGCAAGUUAUUUAAUCAUGGCUGAAACUACCAUCUGCUGCGUAAGCCUAACAUUGCGUUA